AGAAGGCCGGUUCGGCCAGCUGGGCCUCUAUCUCCCUUCCCUUCUUCUUCCAUGAGAUCGCACAACCCGCGGCAUCUCCUCUUCGACCACGAUCGGUCGAUCGACAACUGAGAAGCCCUAGCUUAAUCCCAAUGGCCGCGAGCCUGUGGCGAUCGGUGUUCGGAUCCACAGCGUUGGCCGCCGCGGAGGAGGACGGCGGCGUCGCGUUCUGGUCCAACCCUGAGCGCGCCGGGUGGCUGACCAAGCAGGGCGAGUACAUCAAGACGUGGCGCCGCCGCUGGUUCGUUCUGAAGCAGGGGAAGCUCUUCUGGUUCAAGGAUUCCCAGGUCACCCGCGCCUCAAUCCCCCGCGGCGUCAUCCCCGUCGCUGCCUGCCUCACCGUCAAAGGCGCCGAGGACGUCAUCAAUCGAGCCUUCGCCUUCGAGCUCUCCACACGAUCCGAGACCAUGUACUUCAUCGCCGAUUCCGAGAAGGAAAAGGAGGAGUGGAUCAAUUCCAUUGGCCGAUCCAUUGUCCAGCACUCCCGGUCGUUGGCCGAUGCCGAGGUCGUCGACUACGACAGCGUCAGGCGUGCUGCCAUAACUUCGUCCUCCACUGAUGCGAAACCCUCCAGCACCGAUCAAGAAUAGCUGAUCCAUGAUGUACAAAUAGGUGCGCCUCUAUAAAUCUAGGGUUUGUAUUUUGUCACUAUGUUUUGAGUAAGCUCAAUGAUGCGAUUUCUUCUUGUUGAUUGGAGAUAUCUGGGCAAUCUCCAUGUUUAGUUGGAUGCUACGUCGAUAAUGGUGUCUUACCUUUCAUCUGCUUAACAACUUAAUCGGCUUGUAAAAUUAUCCUUUCAAUAAUUUCAGACAUCAUGUUCCUCUUGCA